AUGGAAAGUAUUGUGAUUUCAGGCAACUCAAGUCUGCCCAGAGCUGCAAGACAAGGGUUCCUAGUCAGGUUCACCAGCCCACCAUCACACAAAUGUUAUCCAUACCCCGAUCGACAACCUUCAACAGUCAGAAUUGGCCUUGAUGAUCUGACGAUCGAAUCAUAUCCUGAGAUUCAACUUGGCGAGAGCUGGGAAUUGCCAAAACUCAAUGACAACACUUGCCCAAUAUGUUUGGCUAAGUACCAGCCCAAAGAAAUACUGAGGACCAUACCAGAAUGCAACCAUUAUUUCCAUGCUAAUUGCAUAGAUGAGUGGCUUAGAAUGAAUGCAACUUGCCCAGUUUGUAGAAACCCACAAAAGAGAUAA